AUGACGUUUGUUUAUGGGGACCCUGUACUAGGAAGACGUGAACAAGUUUGGGAACGUCUUACGCGUUUUUCAACCACACGAAAUGGACCUUGGUUCAUGAUAGGAGACUUUAAUGAAAUCACAGGUCAUAAUGAGAAAGAAGGUGGGCGACAACGUCCCGAUAGCUCAUUCCUUCCCUUUAAGCAGAUGCUUAAUGACUGUGGGAUGUUAGAGUUUCCUUUUACGGGGAAUAUGCUUUCCUGGGUAGGGAAGAGAGCAGGAGGAGCAACUGUUCGAUGUCGUUUAGAUAGAGCAGUGGGCAAUGCAGACUGGCAUGAAAAGUUUCCUCACUCGACUGUGAAGUAUAUGAGGCUAUGGGGAUCGGACCAUCGUCCGAUCCUUGCAGACAUACUCAUAAAGCCAAUAAGGAGAUCGAAAAAGUUUAAGUUUGAUAAAAGAUGGCUGGAUGAUGACGAGCUAAGGCAAGUUAUUCUUGAUGGAUGGAAAUCUCCUGAUCUUCCUCCUAAUGCGACUAUUAUGGAACAUAUUUCCAGUUGUAGAAAAGCCUUGAGUGAAUGGAGGAGACAACAUAAUGUGAACUCGGCCAAAUUAGUGGAGGAGCUUAAGGAAAAAGUGGAGGGUCUGUAUGCUGAUGAUAAUGCAACAACUGAGGAAAUUGCAGCAGCGCUGAAGGAUCUCUCUGAUGCUCUUAAAGCAGAAGAAUUAUUCUGGAAACAGAAGAGUCGGGUGUUUUGGCUGAGGGAAGGGGACAGAAAUACAAAAUUUUUUCAUGCCUUAACAAAGCAAAGGAGAGCGAGAAAUAAGAUUACACAGCUCCUAGAUGCGAAUGGAGCCGUAGUUGAGGACGAAGAAGGAUUAGUAGCCAUUGCUACUAGUUACUUUAGACAGAUCUUUGAAUCAUCGGAUCCAGAAGACAUUGAAGAUGCACUUUCUCAGGUUCCAUCGACGAUCACUGGAGAUAUGAACGACAAUCUUACAGCCCCGGUUUCUGAAUGGGAGAUCAAACUAGCGCUCUUUGCUAUGCAUCCGGAAAAGGCCCCAGGUCCAGAUGGGAUGACUGCACUUUUCUAUCAGAAAUUCUGGGAUAUUGUAAAGGAGGAUUUAACUCUUAUGGUUAAUAAAUUCCUUUUUGAGGGGACGAUGGCGAAUGGACUGAAUGAUACAAAUAUAUGUCUUAUCCCGAAAACAACGAGGCCCAAUGAAAUGGCCCAGUUUAGACCCAUCAGCUUAUGUAACGUCAGUUACAAGAUAAUCUCUAAGGUCUUAUGCCAGAGAUUAAAGAAAGUGCUACCAGGACUGAUAUCGGAGACUCAGUCAGCCUUUGUUGCUGGGAGACAGAUCUCAGAUAACAUUAUGAUUGCUCAGGAGAUGUUCCAUGCUCUUAGAACUAAACCUAGUGGACGUAGUAAAAGGAUGGCUAUCAAGACAGAUAUGAGUAAGGCGUAUGAUAGGAUGGAAUGGUCCUUUAUUGAAGCUGUCAUGCGCAAAAUGGGGUUCUCAGAGAUAUGGAUUGCCUGGAUAAUGCGUUGUAUUACGUCGGUGAAAUAUAAGGUCCUUAUGAAUGCGCUCGUUAGCCUUCUCAAUUAUGCAGAGAACCAAGGGAAGAUAACAGGGAUGCGCGUUACACGCGCGUGUCCGUCGCGGAUUAAUGCGGCUACUAGACAACAGCUUAAAGAUGUGCUUGGAAUACAGAAUGAAGGAGGAAUGGGAACUUACCUUGGUAUCCCAGAAGACAUAAGUGGAUCUAAGUGCAAACUUUUUGCAUUUCUGAAAGAUAAGUUGAUGCAUAGAGUGAAUGGAUGGACAGGCAGAUGGCUCUCAAAAGGUGGAAAGGAAGUGUUGAUUAAAUCCAUUUUGCUUGCCCUACCGACGUACGUUAUGUCUACUUUUCUGCUCCCAUUAGAGAUUUGUGAAAAUCUUGCCAGUGCCAUUGCACAGUUCUGGUGGAGUUCAAAUCCACCAAAGAGAGGGAUACACUGGGCGAAGUGGGAGAAAGUUUGUUUACCAAGAGAGGAGGGUGGAAUUGGUUUCCGUAUGAUCCAUGAGUUCAAUCUGGCCCUGUUGGCUAAACAAUUAUGGAGGCUACUUCAGUUCCCUGAUUCCCUAGUUGCACGGGUUUUGAAGGGAAGAUACUAUAGAUUGAGCUCUCCACUAAGAGUGGAUACUGCUAACAACCCAUCCUAUGUGUGGACGAGCAUUAUUGCAGCCAGGAAAUUGUUACUACUAGGGAUCAGACAGAAAAUUCAUUCCGGAUAUGAAGUUAAGGUGUGGGGAGAUCCGUGGAUUCCAACGACCCCCGCGAGACCAGCUAACUCCAUAGCGCCAGUCAUGCACCCUAAUAUGCGAGUCAGCGAUCUUAUUGAUCAAGUAUCGAAGGAAUGGAAUAUUGGUCUAUUGGAGAGUUACGUCAUCCCUGAGGACAUACCUCUCAUAAGGAGUUUAGCCAUAAGCUCGACUCAUCGCCGAGAUACUUUCUGCUGGAAGUACACAAAGAAUGGCCAAUAUACGGUUAAAUCUGGUUAUUGGGUGGCACAAAAUGUAUUAAAACCAGCAGCGGAGAAAGAAGUUAUAGAGCCGAGCAUCACAAAGCUCCAAGCCUUUGCUUGGAAGGUAGAGGCGCCAAAGAAGAUAUGUCAUCUUAUAUGGCAAUUGUUGACUGGUCAUGUGGCUGUAACGAGGAACUUGACAAGACGCAAUAUGAGGUGUGACAAUUACUGUCCAAGAUGCGGAGAAUUAGAGGAAACUGUGACCCAUGCAUUUUUUGAAUGUCCGCCAGCUCUUCAAGUCUGGUCAUUAUCAUCGACUCCAACAAGCCCUGAUAUAUUUCCGGUAUCAAGUGUCUACACAAAUAUGGAUUAUCUGUUUUGGAGGAAGAAUAGCAUCAUCGAGCCAGAAAGAGACAGGGAUCCUUAUCCCUGGAUAUUAUGGUACAUUUGGAAGGCUAGAAAUGACAAACUCUUCAGAGGAAUAGAUAGAGAUCCAUUGGAGCUAGUUCGACACGCAGAGAGUGAAUGUCAUGCAUGGUUUGAUGCUAUUGAAGCGGUGCAACUAGUGUUACAACCAGUGGUUCAAGCUAAUAUCCCUGGGAUAGCCCAAGUCAUACGUUUGGGUAAUAUAUGCUUGCUAGAUGGAUCUUGGACAUCUUCUGCUCACUUUAGCGGAUGCGGCUGGGUAUGGAUGGACAGUGUUGGGAAUAUUCAACUUAUGGGAACAAAGAAUUUCACUCGACGUGAAUCAGCUUUGCAUUCGGAAGUAGAAGCACUGCGGUGGGCGAUGGAAAAUAUGCUUCAACAUUCAACAUGCCAGAACUUUGGGACAGACUGCAAGGAGCUGAUUGCAAUGUUAAAGGACCCUCAAGAUUGGCCAAGCUUUGCGACAGAAUUGGAGAGAAUAGAGACAUUACAGAUAUGCUUUCCGGACUUCAGCAUCAUUCAUGUUCCACGGGCGCCCAGGAAAUUGUUACUACUAGGGAUCAGACAGAAAAUUCAUUCCGGAUAUGAAGUUAAGGUGUGGGGAGAUCCGUGGAUUCCAACGACCCCCGCGAGACCAGCUAACUCCAUAGCGCCAGUCAUGCACCCUAAUAUGCGAGUCAGCGAUCUUAUUGAUCAAGUAUCGAAGGAAUGGAAUAUUGGUCUAUUGGAGAGUUACGUCAUCCCUGAGGACAUACCUCUCAUAAGGAGUUUAGCCAUAAGCUCGACUCAUCGCCGAGAUACUUUCUGCUGGAAGUACACAAAGAAUGGCCAAUAUACGGUUAAAUCUGGUUAUUGGGUGGCACAAAAUGUAUUAAAACCAGCAGCGGAGAAAGAAGUUAUAGAGCCGAGCAUCACAAAGCUCCAAGCCUUUGCUUGGAAGGUAGAGGCGCCAAAGAAGAUAUGUCAUCUUAUAUGGCAAUUGUUGACUGGUCAUGUGGCUGUAACGAGGAACUUGACAAGACGCAAUAUGAGGUGUGACAAUUACUGUCCAAGAUGCGGAGAAUUAGAGGAAACUGUGACCCAUGCAUUUUUUGAAUGUCCGCCAGCUCUUCAAGUCUGGUCAUUAUCAUCGACUCCAACAAGCCCUGAUAUAUUUCCGGUAUCAAGUGUCUACACAAAUAUGGAUUAUCUGUUUUGGAGGAAGAAUAGCAUCAUCGAGCCAGAAAGAGACAGGGAUCCUUAUCCCUGGAUAUUAUGGUACAUUUGGAAGGCUAGAAAUGACAAACUCUUCAGAGGAAUAGAUAGAGAUCCAUUGGAGCUAGUUCGACACGCAGAGAGUGAAUGUCAUGCAUGGUUUGAUGCUAUUGAAGCGGUGCAACUAGUGUUACAACCAGUGGUUCAAGCUAAUAUCCCUGGGAUAGCCCAAGUCAUACGUUUGGGUAAUAUAUGCUUGCUAGAUGGAUCUUGGACAUCUUCUGCUCACUUUAGCGGAUGCGGCUGGGUAUGGAUGGACAGUGUUGGGAAUAUUCAACUUAUGGGAACAAAGAAUUUCACUCGACGUGAAUCAGCUUUGCAUUCGGAAGUAGAAGCACUGCGGUGGGCGAUGGAAAAUAUGCUUCAACAUUCAACAUGCCAGAACUUUGGGACAGACUGCAAGGAGCUGAUUGCAAUGUUAAAGGACCCUCAAGAUUGGCCAAGCUUUGCGACAGAAUUGGAGAGAAUAGAGACAUUACAGAUAUGCUUUCCGGACUUCAGCAUCAUUCAUGGAAGGAUCACUCAAUCGGACUUAAGGGAUAUGAACUCGCCAAAAGGGAGAACUGAUGGAUUGAACGGUGACACAAGAGGUGCGGAAAGUCUCUUGUACUACCAGACUUUAGUUGUUGCUUGA